CGUCUCCCAAUCUCUACUUUGACUAAACGGAAGAGCCCAUCAUCUAUCUUGCGUAACUUUACUUUCGUACUCUCACAAGAGGCAUCCUCGUUGGCCCCCGUCGCGAGAUUCGCGCGACACUUUACCUACAACCACUCGAUACAUAUCGGCCACCAUGUCCGUCGCAUCACUAUCCAAGUCGCUUCCAAAGCCCAGAUAUACGGGCGAGGAAGAGACUCUCUCGAGUUCCAAUGCCUCGAUCCUAAACGUCGAGAAAUAUGAAAAUCAGAUCGCAACCAUACAACGCGGACCUCCGCCAUACCCACGGCCAAAAUCUUUUCGGCCACGAGGCCCUGCGGAUUUUGGGGAUGGAGGCGCAUUUCCUGAAGUUCACGUUGCGCAAUACCCCCUAGACCUCGGUCGCGUGUCGUCGCAAAAGACAUCAAACGCACUGAUUAUGCGAACAAACAGUGAGGGGAAAACAAAAUACGACGAAAUUGCAAGGCGUGGACACAGCGAGAGCCGGAUAGUGCAGGCCAGUUUCAAAGAUUUGAUACCCCUAAGGCAACGAGCAGAUGCAGGCGAGUUGGAUCUCGCGCGACCAAGCGAAGAGGAUGUCGAAGCUACGAAACGGCGUACUGCGCAGGCACUACAGGCACUCGUGACGGGACAGACGGCAGCGCAGCGACCAAAGAACGUGCAAGGACGUAAAGAUGACGAGCCCACAUUCGUGCGAUACCAGCCUACUGCGCAGAUGGGCGAAGCUGCGGGCAAGACACGCAUCCUCAAGAUCCAACAGCGACAGAUUGACCCAAUGGAGCCACCCAAAUUCAAACACAAGCGCAUUCCCCGCGGACCGCCCUCACCACCACCUCCCGUCCUCCACUCCCCCCCACGAAAGCUCACGGCCGAAGACCAGGAAAUGUGGAAGAUCCCACCACCAAUUUCCAAUUGGAAGAAUCCAAAGGGUUAUACCGUGCCAUUAGACAAGCGCUUGGCAGCCGACGGUCGCUCCGCCCAAGACGUGACCAUCAACGACAAAUUCGCUCAAUUCUCCGAAGCCUUGUUCUCCGCCGACCGCCACGCCCGAGAGGAAGUCAAACAACGAGCCGUCAUGCAGCAACGCCUCGCCGAGAAGGAAAAGCUUCAAAAGGAAGAACACCUACGCCAGCUCGCCCAACAAGCACGCGAAGACCGCACAAACGCCUCCCAGAACCGUCGCCGCCGCUCCAGCCGCAGCUCCUCCAUCUCCCACAGCUCCGGAUCCGACUCCAACGACGAGGAAGAAGAAGAGGCCCGCCGUCGCGCUGACGCCCGCCGCGAACGUAAGCAAGAAGCCCAGCGCGAGCUCAGACAGUCCCGCAUGGGCACCGAGCGCCGCAUCCAGAUGCUCGCGCGCGAGCAGAACCGCGACAUUUCCGAGAAGGUUGCCCUCGGCCUUGCGAAACCCACACAGUCGGGCGAGUCCAUGUACGACGCUCGACUCUUCAACCAGAACAGCGGGUUCGACGCUGGAUUCAACGAAGAUCAGGCAUACGACAAGCCGCUCUUCGCCGCCCAGGAGGCCAUCUCGAGCAUCUACCGGCCAUCGUUGCAGGAGGAUGACGGCGAGGACGCUGGCGCAGCAAUGGACCGCAUCACAAAGAACAACCGGUUCGAAGUGCUCGGCAAGGCAAAGGAAGGGUUCAAGGGCGCGGAUCUCCAGGAGGCUCGAGAAGGACCAGUGCAGUUCGAGAAGGACAAGGAUGACCCGUUUAACAUCGACGAGAUGAUCAAUGAGGUCAAGGCCGAGAAGACCGGCGGCAAAAGAUACGGCAUACAGAAGACCGAGGAGGAGGCAAGGCCGGCUAAAAGAGCGAGGGUCGACGACGAUAGCGAUUAGAUGCCGUGUGGGGGGGGUUUUUGUUCUCGAGCUUAUUCAAUUUGCAUAAUUUGUCACAUCGGCCUCGCGGGGCGGCCAACCCUGGCAUUCAAUGUACCAUCAUGGCAUUUGGGAGUCCUAUUCUGUUUUUCUGGAAG